CUGGGCUCCAGCUGGGACAGGGGCCAUUUUCUCCCUGACUGCCAUGAUCCGCCGCCUCCCCGGGCCUCAGGGGACCUGUCCGGACAGCUGGUGGGUUCCCUGAAAGCCACUGCUCAUCCCCACGGAUGCCCAGAAGCCCAGCCCCACCGAGCCUCCCAGCGGGAUGAGCUUCUCACUGACGUUCUCCGAGCUGGUCAACAUCGCCGUCCCGCAGUGCGGGGUGGUGAACUUCAAGGCUCUGCACGUCCUGCUUCAGGGCAUCCUGGAGCACAUCCACAUGGCCGAGCUCAAGAAGGUCCUCUCGGGAGAUGAGGAUUUUCUCCAGUCCUCGCCAGCGGUGUUCAUGCCCCGGGAAGCGGACGCCCAGCCCGUCCUCAGCCCCAUGAAGAGGCUCAGCAAUGUGUUUGACCAUGUGGUGAGCCGCAUCGACAAGAUGGAGAGCCAGCUCGCCGAGCUGCAGGACCUGCCCUCCACUGCCCAGCUGCUGGAGAGAAGCCGCGGCAAGGGCCAGCCUGCCCAGGACCUGUGGCACCUGAUCAAGCUCCGGAAGAUGGUGGAGGGCAAUGAAGAAGCCACGGCAAAGUCCAUGAAGACUCUGCAGGAUUUGCUUACUGACAUUUGUGCACUCAAGGGCACCACUGAAACUCUCAGAGAGGAUCUGGACAGACUGAAGGACAUGGUUGACAAGAUGCAGCCAGAAGUAAUGGAUUCUUUGCUCGAAGAUCUGAAAGGACAGAACAGGAGGAUGAGUGCGCUACAGCGGGAAGUGGUUGCUCUCCAGAGCAAAAUCCUCACCAUCCCCAAAGCUGAUGACGUGGUACUCUGGAGCAGCCUCCAUGAGGCCAUGUUUGGCCCCGGAACUUCAAUAGGACGAGCUGGUCCAACACAGAUUGAGGAUUCAGACCUGUGGCAGUUGGUGGGGCAGCUCCCAGAGACAGGUCAUCUUAAGACCGAGCACCUUGAAGCUGUCGGUCCUGUCCAGAUCUCAGAGGCUAUCCAGAGCCCCAUGUUACUGGAGACCGGCUGGCAUUAUGAGACCCCAGGGCAGCUACAGGAGGAGGAAUCUGCCCAAGAUGUUCUGCUCGCCGAGGCCCAGGGGCUAGGGCAGCCUCUGGGGCUUGAGCCCAGGGCUGUGCCCACACUGGGACCACAGCCCGAGGCCAUGCCUGCUCCAGGGCCUGUGUUGGCGCCUGGUCUGACACCUGGGUUCCCACUCCUACCUUCGUCUCCAUUCAUAGCUGGCCCUGGUCCUGGCCCUUGGCCUGCCCUCAGACCUGGGACUGGCCCUGGACUUGGGGUUGCCCCUGAGCCUGGGACUACCCCCAGGGUUGCACCCGUCCCAGGGCUUCAGCCCCCACCGCGAGAACGCUGGCUUCCUCCCAGAGGCUUGUCCAGGGCUAACACGUGGCCCUUCUGGGGCUCAGACUUCUUGCAGUCCGCAGAGUCCCAGGUCUUCAGUGCCCCACCGCCAGCCAGGGAGUUUGGCUCAGCAUGGCCCCCUCCACUGAGGUCACAGUCUACACAAGUAGACAUGCAACUGCUCCCAGCAGUCUUAGAAGCUGAGGAAGACUAUGUAUCUGAGGAUGUGCCAGCCCCUCAGGCCAGGGCCCCCAGGGCUGGGCCCCCCAGGGCUGGGCCCCCCAGGGCUGGGCCCCCCAGGGCUAGAGCCCCCAGGGCUGGGGCCCCUAAAGAAGCGCCCAGCAAGGCACCCAGCAAGGCUCCCCGGUCUGCCCUUCAGCACCUGAGGACCACCGCGGCCCUCGCGGCUGCUGCUGCGUCCUCCUACGCAGCUGCUGCCACCUCAGCAGCCCGGAGAGCCGAGGUUGUCGCCAAGGCUGUCAGGGAUGCCCCUGCCACCAAAUUGGCCACCAUAGCAACGGCCAUGGCUGCAUCUGGUCCCUUAGGGACCUUCGCAGACAUCCUGGGUGCGGGCUCUUCCCGUGGGGCCUCGGCUUUAACAGAGGACACAGAGGUGGAAGACGACCUCUCUUCCGUGUACACUGUGGCCAGCCUCCCUCCUGAAAGGACCCUGUCCCAGGUCAUGCUGGCCGCCCAAAAGGCCGUGACCCCUGAAGACAAGAAGACGGCCGUCAGGUACUCCAUGGGCUAUAUAGCCCAGAUACCCGUUAGACAUGACUCCCUGAAGGAGGAGUUUGCCCAACUGUCAUCCACUCUUCAACAGCGCUUGAAUUACCUAGCUAAUUUGGGAGCCUCUGCCAAGCUUGGGUCCACAGUGGACGUGCUGCAGGAAAAGAUCGGGAGCCUCCAGAGAUCCAGGAUGAAGGAAGAGGAACUCGAAAGAAUUUGGGGCCACCAGAUAGAGAAGAUAAAACAUCACCACAUUGUGCUGGACAGGGCAGUGGAGAAACUCCAGAUUCGCUUGGAUGACUUAAAGAUUGUCCAUGCUCAAAUUAAAAACCUCGAAAUGCAUAAGGUGGACAAAAGUGCGAUGGAGCAGGAGUUGAAAGAGAAAGCCGACAGGAGCACCCUGGCCAGCAAGGCAAGCCGAGCCGACCUGGAGACAGUGGCGACAGAGCUGAAUGAGAUGAUUCAGGGGAUGCUCUUCAGGGUUGUGACCCACGAGGAUGACUGGAAGAAAGAUAUGGAGAAGCUGACCAAGGACCUGAGCACCAAGCUGGUCCACAGUGAUUUGAAUGGUCUGAAGAAAGACAUGGAUGAGAUCUGGAAAGUACUCAGGAAGCUCCUGAUUGAAGGCCUCCGAUUUGACCCUGAUAGUGCUGCUGGUUUUAGAAAGAAACUGUUUGAGCGGGUGAAAUGCAUCUCCUGCGACCGGCCGGUGGAGCUGAUGACGGGCCCGCAGCUCAUCACCAUUCGUAAAGCCCACCUGCUUUCAAGGCUGCGGCCAGCCAGCGCCAAUACCUAUGAGUACCUGCAGCAGCAGCAGAUGAGGGAACACUGGCGGCUACAGCAGCUCCAGGACCUUGGAGACCAGGACAGGAAUCUGGAUUCACUGGGGUCCCCAAAAGACUGGGGAGAUGGCCCUGGCAAUGCCAGCCUUAAGUUCAACUCCUAUAACUUGUCAACACUCUACCCCUACGGGGACCCUGAAGUGUUGGACUAUGACACCGCCGAGGUGGACAUUCUGGGAGUGGACGGCAUCCUGUACAAGGGCCGAAUGAUCAGCCAGGAUGGGGCACGGCCUUUGACCAGCGUUGAGAAGGAGCUGGCAGCUGUGAAGGUUCCACACCCCCCAACUCGCAACCUGUAUGAUCGUGAACGCCCGAGUACCUUUUAUGGUCCAAUCUACCCCCCCCAGCACCCCCACGCCAGGGUGCGCUCGGCUGCCUCCAGGCCUUCGCCUGCGAUGCCAGCUCGGCCUCCAUCACUGCCGCCCCUGCCACUGCUCCCGCCACUGACGCCACCCCCAAGGGACGCCCAGCAGGCCCCAGGGCCCACCCGGCACCCAAGACCUCUGCGUCUCGAGUCCCGAGCCAGUAUGCAGGCCUCUGAGGAGCCCACCAAUCCGACUGUGUCUAAAUGAGGCCAAGCUUUUCCUGACCCAGGCGACUUACCAGUUCAAGAUGCCUUAGCAGGCACUGGCUGGUGCUGCUCUGGACCCCCGACCCACCCCCAUAUCACAGAUGAGUAUUUUUGGCAACUUCUCCCAGAAUAAAAUCUUUCACUUUUUUCACUGUGGAUGAGGGUGACUGGCCUGGCACUCUCUUUAGAGGGUGGCCUUGUCUUCCCACAUGGGUGCGUGGACCUGCUGGUCCCUACUCAGGCCCCCACCCCAGGGUCAGCCUCCCAGAGCCACCAGCCAGAACCACUGUGAGUUCCCAGGAGUCCCAGGAGAGA